GCUGCGUCGUGUUCAUGCAUUUUACGCACGCGCGCGGGGGCUCGGCCCGCGCGACGUACGUGCUACGUGGCGAUAAACGUUACAAGAUGAUGAGGAGCGCGAGCGCGAGCGUCGAGCGUCGAGUCAGAGAUGUGCGGUAUGUUACGAUACGAAACGAUACGAUACGAAACGAAGCGAAACGAAACGAAACGGUACGGUACGGUACGGUGCGGUACGAUGACAAGCGAGCAGAAGGAGAGAGAGAGACGGACGGACGGAUGCACAGAGAGAUGCACAGAGAGAGCGCGAGAAAAGAAGUGAGAACAGAGAAGAAAGAAAAAGAAAAAUUGGAACGAUGAUGGAACAGUGGAAAAAGUUGCCUGAAAAGCGCCCCGCCCGACGCGUACCGAGUCGCGCCAUAGUACCCGUUCUGCGAGUGCUGUUGCUGGUGCUGCUGGUGCUGCGCGUGCUGCGGCUGCUGCUGCUGCUGCUGCUGCCCGACACCGCGCCCGCCCUGCGGCUGCCCAACCCCGACGCCGCCCUGGCCCACGCCGACGCCGACGCCGACGCCCACGCCCGCGCCGACGUCUUUCACGCCCUGCGCGUACGGCUUGUACGCGUUCUCCGGCGACGCCCCGCCCCCCGCGCGCUGCCCGAUCGGCGCGCCCCCCGC